AUGCAUCCUCCGGUGAACUCCGUCGGAGAAACUCCCGGAAACACUGUUGAUCCAUCGCUGGUCAGAACUUAUCGAGCUUGGAAAGGCAAUAACGUAUUUUUUCUUGGAGGAAGGUUAAUUUUUGGACCUGAUGUGAAAUCUAUACUUACAACGGUGUUUCUCGUCGUUGCUCCGGUUGCUGUUUUUUGUGCUUUUGUAGCUAGAAAAUUGAUCGAUGAUUUUCCUCAUCACUCUGGAUAUUCGAUAUUCAUUCUAGUUAUUCUUCACACAAUCUUCGUUCUGAUUGCGCUUGUACUGACCUCAGGAAGAGAUCCUGGCAUAGUGCCUCGCAAUUUAUAUCCUCCGGUGCCGGAAGAUUAUGAUGGAAGUGUUAGUAUUAGUAGUGAACAUAAUCUACCGCCGCAUUUACCACGAUUCAAGGAAGUGAUUAUCAAUGGAACAACGGUUAAAGUGAAGUAUUGUGAUACAUGUAUGCUGUAUAGACCUCCACGAUGUUCUCAUUGCUCUGUGUGUGAUAAUUGUGUGGAGCGGUUUGAUCAUCACUGCCCGUGGGUCGGUCAGUGUAUUGGACUGCGAAACUAUAGGUUCUACUACAUGUUUGUUUCCUCGGCAACGCUUCUUUGCCUAUUUAUUCAUGGAUUUUGCUGGGUCUACAUCAAGAGGAUCCAGAACUCGGAGGACAUAUCAAUUUGGAAAGCAAUGAUCAAAACUCCUGCUUCCAUUGCACUAAUAAUAUACUCCUUCAUUGCGGUCUGGUUUGUUGGAGGGCUCACUGUUUUUCAUACAUAUCUAAUCGGCACAAACCAGUCUACUUACGAAAAUUUUAGAUACCGGUAUGAUCGACAAGUCAACCCUUAUAACAAAGGGGUAAUUGAGAAUUUCAAAGAUGUUUUCUUCUCUUCCAUUCCACCAUCCAAAAACAAUUUCAGGUCUAAAGUUCCAAUUCCUAAAGAACUAUCGGAAUCAUCAAGAAGAAAGGGUGUUGAUACAGUUAUGAUUCCAUCUUACAAUGAGGUUGAUGAGAUGGAAAAACAUUACAAAGAUGAGGAAUAUGGUAAGGGUAGUGAUUUAAGUGAAACAUCCGUGGAUUUAAGCAGGAUGCUUCACACCGAAAAUGGGCAGAGACAAGUUGCUUCCUUUCUAAAGCACUCCUUGUGGGAUCGAAGUAGCAAAAAAUGGGAUGUAAAUCCUGAGAUUCUUGACGAGAUACACGAUACGGAAUCAAAUCGGAUCACCGGUGAUAGUAGUAAUGAGCCUGGUGACAACUCAGCAAAAACAUCUACACUUGCAGAAAAGUUCAAAGAAGAAAAUUAA